GAGGAUAGGUGGACUAUGUCAGAAGAUGACACUCUCUGCCUAAUGGCCAAAGAUGAUGCCAAUCAAGAGGUAACCUCACAAACCUCCUGCUCAUCUUCUUAUGAAAGCAUACCAACUUCUGAAAAUCUUUUUGACCAGUUCAAAAAGAUGAUGGUAGAUUUUGAGGAAAUAAAUCUCAAACAUUCUUCCUUAACAGAGGAGAACAAACUAUUGAGUGAAGAGAAUCUCAAAUUGACUGUAGGUCGGAAAAGUCAACUGGAUGAGAUCACUCAACUCAAGACUGAAAAUGAAUCUCUCUCUGAAAAGGUGAAAUCCCUUAACAAAGAACUAGGGACACUUAAGUCCAAAGAAGCAGUGGAUAAGCUUCUUGAAACGACCAAACAUAAGGGUCGUGAAGGACUUGGGUUUGACCCCUCCAGUUCCAAAAGAAGAGGGAGAACAACUUUCAUCCCUCCUAAACCUACUGCCAAACCAAAUAAGCAGAAAGGAAAGGAAAAGGAGAAACCAACAGAAGUUCCCAAAAAGGUUGGACAGCGCUGUAGGGGAGCCUACAUCGCUGUUCCAGAAGUUUCUGGAAAUCCAACCGUGGCUCAACAGCGAUGUCUAACAUCCAACAUCACUGUUGGAAGACUUAACGCCAAACCAUGGUUUUCAGCCAUCCAAGCCAGACAGCGCUGUUGGUUUCACCAACAUCGCUGUUGGGCUGGUUUAGCCAGACCCAUGGAGAUAAGUAAAUCAGUAGAAAAGACUCUAGAGAUCAUCUCUCUAUUGAGUAAAACUGUGAGCAAUACGAUGGAAAUAUACACCUCUGACAGUCAACUGCAAUUCAAUGAAUUCAACAAAGUCAAGGAGCAAAUAGCAAAUGUCAUAGUUGGUCUACAAAAACAGAUGUCCCUUCUCCAAAUGGACAUCAGAUCAGCCCUAGCAAUAGCUUCAGCAAAUCAGGUAGUAACCAAAGACUACUUGAAGGUGAUCAUUGACAAUCAAAAGGAAGCAUACAAGCUGUUCAGACUUAUUGGUGCACAUAUUGGGAACCGCAAGAUGGAAGUGAUUCUCCAACAACACAAUUCAUCUCCAAUACCACAGCUCCCAAUUGCAGUCAACGAAGGAGAAGCAUCUUAUAUCCCUUCUAGUCUGAAAAUGACAAAUUUAAUCCUUGAAGCACAGCAAAGAAAUCUGGAAAACUCAGCACAGCACCUAUCCAGCUCAGGACUGGAUGGAACAAAAUUUAUAGGUGCAGUUACUGACCACUUCUCAGAUGCUACUCAAUCAGAAGAAAGGCGUGAAAACCUAAAGCGCAUCAAAGAACUGUGUGGGAACAUGCAGGGCAUCAGUGAGGUUGCCGGAUCUUCAAAACGCAAAAGGAACUGAAGGUUCUUUUCAUCAAACCAGGGGGAAAGUAUGUGAAAACGCCAAUUUGUUUUGAUGAAAACACCUUCCUGUUUAAACAUUGCUUGAUUGGUUUAAACAUUGCAACACUGCUUCAACAAUUUUUAAUUGCGCUUAUUAUGCUUGAUUAUGUUUAUCUCAAGUAUGAUUUUGUCUUAAUUAAUUUUUUCUGAAGCG